UUCUACCUUCUGUUUGUAUUUUGGCCACAGAAUUUGGCGCUGCUCUUUUCCGGUCAAAUCUUUUCCGUGUCGUACGACAAACUGCCAAGAUGACUGAAGGCACAGCUACGAUUCGAACUAGGAAGUUCAUGACCAACCGGCUACUAUGCCGCAAACAAAUGGUUGUGGAUGUACUUCAUCCUGGUCAACCGUCGGUGCGCAAAACAGAGGUCAGAGAAAAGUUGGCCAAGAUGUACAAAGUAACACCUGAUGUCGUGUUUGUUUUUGGUUUCCAAACAAACUUUGGAGGUGGCAAGUCCACAGGGUUUGCUCUUAUCUAUGAUACUUUGGAUUUUGCUAAGAAGUUUGAGCCUAAACAUAGGUUGGCUAGGCAUGGACUAUAUGAAAAGCAAAAGCAGACCAGGAAACAGCGUAAAGAACGUAAGAACAGAAUGAAGAAGGUACGAGGUACCAAGAAGAGCAAGGUCGGAGCUGCUGCUAAGAAGGGAAAGAAGUAGACAAAUGUCCGUCAGUUGUCUCACUGAUAGCCUCCUGAUAAAAAACAGUGGGAGUGGGUGACUCAUUUAUGAUGUUCAUACGUGGUCUGCAUGUCUUCACAACGCUGCUAUCAAUGGGAUACUAUUUCAUUUUUUAAUUCGUCGUCUUUGAUUCUACUAGCUUUUCUCAUCCUCUAUAUUUUCAUUGCAUUUCAUUUGAAAAUGUGUUUCAUAUGCUUGGCUAUCAAAAAUUAACAGGGAAACUUACUCCAUGUUUUUCACUAUAAUCAUCAUCAUCAGCUAUCUCAUGGUUAUGCAGCUAUUUUUAUGUUCUCAUUCAUGAUGCAUAAUGAACUACACUUGAAUCUUUUGAGAGCAUCAGAUACCAAGAUCUAUUGUCAUUUUUCGUUCUUGUUAUUUUGCAAAUCGUAUCACGAUAGCGUAUUUCCAGUGUUGAUAGUUCAGCUAUGUGAUCAUUAUUGUUGUCUGCCUGGUACAAUGAUUUGCAACGGGGUUGCGGAAUAUUAUUUAUUUAGAUUGAAAUAGUGACAAAUGUUUUAAUACCAACAUGAUGAGUGUUCAAAAUGUCUGACAGGAUUUGCUUAUCCUACAAUUUUCUACUAUAGAAAUCUCGAAAAAUAUGGACUUAUAAUUUCUGUGUAAUAUAAUUUAUGGAUGCUAAUGCAUGCUAAAAUCAUCUUUAGUAGCCGUUCAAGUACAUUAAUUUACUACGUGUAAAAUGUUCUUCCCCAAAAUUGAACUGCAAUGUUUCGUUUUCUUGUUCGUGUUGUUCCUUAUAUUUUGAGUAAUAAGAAGCAGUUGAUUCGUAUUGGCAAAACAAAAUCUUUUUCUCUUGCAGUAAAACCAUUGACGACACCUUAACAUGAAGACCACCACAUGUAAACAUUAUAAUAUUAAAUAAUAAAAUCCCAUCUUUGUGAUGUCAAA